AUGACAAGGUCUCUGUACGACCGCAUCUGGCGCCGGGAAGCCGGAGGAGGCUCGACUUCGGCCAACAUUCGUGGCAUCUACGGUUCCAAGGAAUGGGUUAGCGAACUUGACAUUGUGAACGAGCUAGGAGGGCAUACCGGGUGUGUCAAUGCUUUAAGCUGGUCACGUUCUGGUCGACUCCUCGCGUCGGGAUCGGAUGAUUUCCAUCUCAACAUAUACUCUUACCAGCCGGACUCAUCCACAGCACCCUUUGCACUAAACACCAGCGUCUUCACCGGCCACACAGGAAACAUUUUCUCCGUCGCGUUUAUGCCGCAGUCAAAUGACCGGACCCUUGUGACUGCUGCAGGCGACUCUACCGUGCGAGUUUUCGACAUUGAACAUUCCAGCCGUUCCGGCUCCCAGGGUGUGCCGCCGGCGUUCUCCACUCAAGCGGGCAACCAAAACCUGAACCGUUUCUUCGGUAAUACACGAUGUCUUGGUGUAGGCAAUACCAACGCGCGCAUAUAUCGGAGCCAUGCGGAUCGAGCCAAGCGCAUCGUGACCGAGUCGUCCCCGUACCUCUUCCUGACCUGCUCCGAGGAUGGUGAAGUUCGCCAAUGGGAUUUGCGCCUGCCUUCCUCUGCAUACCCAAAACCUCGAGGUGGUCUUUUAUACAUGACGCAGCGAGCGGGAGAAGGGCAUGAUGAUUCUAAUGUCCCUCCGCCACUGAUCUCGUACAAACAGCACAGGCUCGAUCUUAACACCAUCUCAUGCUCGCCAAGCCAGCCGCAUUACAUUGCAUUGGGUGGGGCUCACUUGCAUUGCUUCCUUCAUGACAGACGUAUGUUAGGUCGGGACGUUUCGAGUGAACGGGGCGACCCCGGUACAUCCCCUGGCAUAGGAAGCAGCCACGAUGAAGAGUUGAUGGGUCAAGCGACGCGGUGUGUGCGAAGGUUUGCGCCGAACGGGAAGCAACGGUCCAAGUCACGGUAUAAAGGCCACAUCACAGCGUGUAAAAUCAGUAAUGCCAACCCGAAUGAGAUGAUUGUGAGCUGGUCCGGCGAACACAUAUACAGUUUCGACUUGGUCCAGAGUCCCGACGCUCUAGGCACGCAGGAGCAACGACCCCCCGUGCAAGCUAGCUCACGUAAGAGACGGGGCUCCAAGGACAGAAAGCGUAAGCGCCAACCUAGGACCUCGCAGUCCUCCCAGUCCAGCGGCGGUAGACGCAGGUCGGCCCGGCGAAGCGAAGAAACGAACGGAGAAGAGGAAUUAGCGGUUCGAGUUCGGUAUGGGAACGGCGAAACAGAGAAUAUUCCGCUGCCCUCGUUGUUACACGAAGGUUCCACCGCGUCUGGCGUAGCUUCGACGCAGGCAAUGGAACGGGCGAGGUAUUCUGUGCUCAAUGAGGCUCAAAGACAUAGUUUGCGCAUAGCCAAAGGUCUCGUCAAGCUUCGAAAAGCCCUCUUCUCCCUCGAAGCCUCGGCCCGUGAACAAGCCGAUAUGGCAACUCCGUUCUCUGUUGUCGCUUUCCACGACUCCUUCUCUAACGCCUUGAUGCGCGCACUGACCUUCUUGCCUCAGAUCGAGGAGAUCAUGAGAACCUGGGGAUACCCCAUUAACCCAACUCCGGAGGUUGUGCGUGUGCAGCAGACGCUGCGCCGUAACCGGGAGUCGACAUACAGGUUUGUGCAGGCCGCUGGCACGCUUGCGCGGGCUCUAGGUGGGGACGUGCAGGAUUAUGGAGUAGACGACGACGUUCUGGAGAAGUUUCAGCGGAUCGGGCCUGCGCCGGGGGAGGAUAACGUCAUUGGUCGGAGAGAGCAGUUUGGGUAUGACUUCUUGAAGGCUGUGAUCCUGUUCGUUGAGGGGGGCCGCGAUGCUGUCCUCGCCGGAUUCAAGCGCAGCGCCACCCAUGGUCGGAACCGAGACCGAUUUCCUAUACCUGAAUACGCAGACGAGGGUGCUCUUGAGGCAGUGCUUAUCCCGUACCUGCGUGACCUCGCGGAUAAUACCCCUGUGGUGAAUGUUGAUAGUUCCAGAUUCGAGUAUGAUGCGACCCGUAUACUCUUUCCCAGCCAGAAAGCAGCAGUGGAUGCUUUUGAGAAUGUCAUGAAGGGCGCGACUCCCAAUGGAACUGCGACCAGUACACCGGACGAGGAUUGUCGUACUAAUGGGAGCGAUGGGACAAACGAGUCCGCCGAGUCGGUUGCUAGUUCCGUGAGACCGAAUAGAACAACUCACUUCUGGCUCCUUUCAGUUGGCCGUGGACUGUUGAUGGAUGCGGGGGAGGGCGUGAAUUUCGAGUUCGUCAACCGGUGUUUUGGAGGUCUCAAUGCCACCGUUGAAGAUGAUUCGGAGGGCGAAGUAGAGGUUGAAAGAUCGCAGAAUGACACGGAGGCCAAUGUCGAAGAAGACGCCAUCCAGGAUAUCAGCUUGGCCAUCAAUGGGGGCUCUAGUCAGCAAGCUCGCCGUGCAUCCAGGCUAGAUGAGAUCCUGGAUUCGCAGACACCAAUGAGUACCGACACGGGGAGUGAAGGCGAUGGCGAUGAGUUUGGAAUUGGCGUUGACACAGACUCUUCGGAUGAGAACGAGGAGGACGAGGAUGAAGACGACGAUGACGACGAGGACGAGGACGAGGACAGUUCCGAAUCGGAUGCUGCAGAACGCCUAUUCCGGAGUUACGGUUUUGAACGAAACGGACGCGAGGACGUGGAGAUGCAUGUCCCAUGCUCGUCGCACACGAGGGUUUAUCGCGGACAUUGCAACGUCAAGACAGUCAAGGAUGCGAAUUUCUUCGGGCUCAAUGACGAGUAUGUGGUGAGCGGUAGCGAUUCGGGCCACUUGUUCAUCUGGGAGCGAGACACCUGCAAGCUAGUCAAUAUCCUCAAAGGAGAUGACGAAGUGGUCAACGUCGUGCAAGGACAUCCUUAUGAGCCUACCAUCGCGGUUUCAGGAAUCGACGACACCAUCAAAAUUUUCUCACCGGACCAACGAGCCCAAGAGGAUGCCCGUCGGGGUAUCAACGUCCUCGACCCGAAUAACCCGGCCAACACGCUCGGAGCUGGCUAUGGGGGGCUGAAGAGUGCCAAGUGCAUGCACGAUAGCUACCGGAUUAUGAGCGAGAACGAUGUACAGCGACAGGGGGGGAUGAGUGAUGCCUUUGUGACUAGGCAAAUGCUGGCCCAAUUCGCAGCUACUGUGCGCCAGCAACAGGGCGGGUUGGUCCCGGGGGAACACUCUAGGAUCGUGCUAGAUGAGAAUUGCAGUGUAAGUUUCCCCCAAUUUCCUGUUAUUGGAUGUUAG